AUGGCUGCCCCUACGAUACCGCAGCGCCCCUCUCGCUCCCAACAGAGCCAGAACGUGCCUACAAUUACCGGCGACGUCCCCAGGGUCCCCCCGCGUCCGAAGCGCAACAUCGAGCGCUCUGUCUCGCCCAAUAGAGACUCCUUCGCCCGCUCCCCGCUGAACGACCCCUCCUUUGUCAAUGGCUCCAGCAAGGCCACCAAGAGGCUCUCCGCUUCCGACCUCCCUCCCCGCCCCCCGAGCGUCACCCUCCCCUCGAUUGGCCAAGAGGGCAGCGAAUACGCAAGUCUCGAGACCCCCCCGGUGGACGAGAGUGUGCCGAGGGAGACUCGUGACGCCGAGGGCCUGAAGCUGUACGCCCCCACCGCAGAAAUGCCCCAGUCGACAGCUCGCUCGAGGAUUGCCGCCGUCACUCGCACCGACUCCCAGCAGGCCGCUGCCGCCGGUUUCGGGAGAGCUUCUUCACAAGACACCGAGCGCCACACGCGGAACAGCUCGUCCACCGGCCGCCGCUCCCGCCCCCAGUCUAUCUACAACAACGGCGACGAGGAACAUGGAAUUCCCGAGAUCGGUCUCCAGGUCCCCAUGUACCCCAAUGCUGGCGAUGUCCAGGCUCCCACGCCGUCCAACAACUCGAGUAUGCCUGCCACCGGCGUUGGCUUCUUCAACAGUGGAGGCCAGAAGCACCACACCCGCACCAAGAGCGGCCGCGAAAUCUUCCACGGCCCUCCCGGCAGCUACGGCAUGCACGGCCACGGCGUCAAGCCGCAGGAUGAUUUCGAGAAACAGUGGUAUGCCAAGCAUCCCGAUGAUGCCGCCCGUGAAGCCAGGGGCGAGUACGGCCCGGCUAUUCAGCAGAACAGGAAAGAGUGGGCUCUGAGCAGUGAGGAGCUGAACAAGAUUGUUCAGGAUAGCGCUACGAGGGGUGUCGGAAUGGGUGCGUCCCCCGGCGCAAUUGGUACUCCUGCCGAAGAGAUUGGCUACAUGGCAUCGGAAGAGUAUGCUUCCCGCAUGGCCUCGCCCCAACCGUCGUCCAAGGUUCCCAAGGAGCGCAAGGCUAGCUCGCAGACGAACAUCGAAUCUCCUCUCCGCCAGAGCAGCUUCCCUGAGAACGUCAUGGAUAAGGACUCAUCUGCCAUUGAGGCUGAUGACGACGAUGUCAUCCAUAUUGACCCUCCCACCAAAGAGCGGAGCCAUAUCCAUGGCGGCGGCCCCGAAGCCGAGAACUUCGCUCCUGGUGGCGGAAGCACUGAUGCCGACAACGGCUUCAUUACCGAGGAAGGCCGACGCACGCCAAUUUUGGCCUCAGAUGAGUUGAAAAGGCACAAAACUCCUGGCGCUGAGUUUAUGCAGCCAGCCGUGCCACCUGAACUUGAGCGUGAGCGCAGGUUGAGUCAAGAAGCUGACAACCACCGCCGUUCCAGCAGUCGUUCGACCAGCAGACCCACUAGUGGUAUCGGUCUUUCUCGCUGGAAGAGCGAGGAAGAUCGCACAAACACGCCUCUUGACAAUGUGAAGGAGUACGAGCCCCUCUUCCCUGAUGAAGACGAGAAGAAGCCUGCAGACAAGCCGGCCACGGCUGCCGACAAGCUCAGACGCCCUGAUCUUGCUCGCCAUCAUUUCCCCAGCCAAGAUGUCUGGGAGGAUACUCCGAGUAGUUUGCAACUCCAGACCGAGGUCGAGACUCCUGAGAAUCCUGAUGAGCCGCAAUCUGCUACAACCUCUCUGCAGUCUUCUCAGGUCCUUGAGAAGCCCGAAGCAGACAAGGAACGUAAGGCAGAGCCUGCGCCCAAGCAGGAAGAAGAGAAGAGCUUCCUUGCAGAUCAUCAGAAGCGCCCAAGCAAGUCUCACUUCAACAAGGAUGUGCUCAACGAUAUGCCAUCUCGCCCUGGCAUGCAACACAGGUUCCCCAGUCAAGAUAUCUGGGAGGAUACUCCGAGCGAGCUCCAACUCGUGACGGAAGUCCACACUCCUCAGACUGAUGAGACAGAGAGCCCGGUGGAACCCAAGUCUGCAACCGAGCAGCGCCCCCAGGUUCCUGCUCGACCCCAUGUUCCUGCUCGACCAGCUGGCCGUUCAAAGCCUGGUGACAGCCAAGAGAGCUCGCCGGUCGAGAAGAAGGUUCCCGUGAUUCCUGAUCGUCCUAAGCCGCAGGUGCCAAGUCGUCCAGCCAAACCCAGUCAGAAGCCUUCUGAUGAGCACGUGCCCCUUGCGAAGGUUGGGUCACAGGGCAGCACUGGUAGCGAGGGUGCACCGGCCGCCGCAACAAAGCCCAAGCCUCCGGUGCCCUCUCGUCCUGGUGGUAGCAAGAUUGCAGCGUUGAAAGCUGGCUUUUUGAGUGACUUGAACAGCCGUCUCCAACUUGGUCCCCAAGCCCCGAAGCCCAAGGAAGAAAAGAAGGAGGAAGAAGAAGAGCCGAAGGAGAAGGCGCCUCUUGCAGAUGCUCGCAAAGGCCGCGCCAGGGGACCGGCGCGCAGGAAGCCUGCCGCAUCGGCGGCAGCUGCAGCUGCAGCGGCUCCUGUUGAGGCCAAGAAGGAACAAGCGCUUUCCAUCGGCACUAUCCAAACCGUCUUCUCCAUCUCUGAUGAUGGCGAUCUCGAUGUUCCGUCGUCGACUUCUGCUAGGACGGAGGCCGGGGCGACUGAGGAAAAGCUUCCAGCAGCCGCAGAGGCGUCUGUUGCUACCCAGGUCCCUGCUGAUCCUAAGCCCGCUCCCAGCGACGAUCCAGCUGAACCAGAGCUCGAACCACAUAUUGCCAAGGCAAGCGAGACAGAGGCCACACAGGCUGAAUCUACGCCCGCUGCAACGGAGGAGAAAGAAAUCGAGUUGGAAGCCACCGAAACGAAGACCUCUGACUCGGCCGUGCAGACUGGCCAACAAGACAUUGAGAUCCCAAAGGAGGAAGGCGGUGUGGAGAAGAUUACUGCUUAUCUAGGCGCCAAUGCUCCUGAGGAGGGAGAUGUUGUGGUGAACGAUGGUGCUGAGGCUGUUGAGAAGGUAGAUGAGAAACAUGAGACUGAGAAGACUAGCACUAGCACUUGA